AGCGGUGCUGCAGGAGUUCAGUGUCUGAUAGAGACGGACAGUCCCAGACUGAUAAACCCCAGAAACACAUAAAUCUGCUGCUGCUGCUGCUUCUGUGGAAAAUGUCAGAAGACCAGAGAUACCCCUUCAGCGUCCGGCUGAUCGGAGUGAUGCACAAGGAGACCGGGAAACUGUACAUGACCUCGGUUCUGUGGUCUGAUCAGAACGAGAUCAUCAUCUACAGAAACCUGGAGGAGUUCAAAACACUGCACAAACAACUGAAAAAGAAAUAUCCAUCGAGUCCUCUAAAAAAGUCAGAAAGGAUUGUUCCCAAGUUCACAGCAGUGAAGGCGAAGAGGAAGGGAGGAGGACAGAAGAAGAGUGUGGACCGCUCCGUGCUGAGGAUGCGCUCUCUGGAGGAAUACUGCAGCGCUCUGCUCAGCGAGCCCCGCAUCGCCCACAGCGCCGAGCUGCACACCUUCCUCCUGCCCCGACCAGAGGACCUCAAACCCGAGUUCGCCCAGAACAGCAUUAUGGUCAUGCCGUCCGACGAUUCCCUGGGCAGAAGCAGUGGUACAGGAUCAGAUGCUGGAGUAACACAGCCGUUCGUGACUGAAACCUACCGCUGCAUCGCUCCCUAUGAGACAAAAGACACAAAGAACCGACCUUUCAAGGUUGAGGUGGAUGAGACGUUGGACGUGCUGAUCAAGGAUAAAGGAGGCUGGUGGUUGGUGGAGAAUGAGGCCAAAUGUUUGGCUUGGUUUCCCGCUCCGUAUCUGGAGAAGGCUGAGAUGGAUGAUGCUGACGAUGAUGAAGAGGAUGGCGAAAGUGUUCUCUACGUUGCCUCUAGAAGUUACAAAUCUACAAAAAAAGACGAACUAUCUGUGGACAUUGGCUGCGUGGUUGAGGUCCUCCAGAAAUCUGAUAACGGAUGGUGGCUAGUCAGAUACAACCGCAAGACGGGCUACCUCCCGACCAUGUACCUGCAGCCAUACAACAACCCACACGUCCGAAUGAUUACUGCCAAAAAAGAAAAGGAGAAUCGUGGAUCUUCGCUGAACCUGUCGGAGCUUCAGUCUCCGACUAGCCCUACCCUGCAGAUCCCAGGCCUAGCUCACGAGCUCAGCCAUUCCCAGAGCAACCUUCUGCAGCUCCCGGGUAAAGGACUGCUUCUAGAGGACAAAACCAAAUCUCGCUCGAUGGAGGUGAUCCCAAAUGCUCGGACCAGUCCCACAGCGCAACGUGUGGCACCUGCUAUCCAGGUGCAGCCUGCUGAGGACAGAAGAGCCAGAAGCCUGAGCGGUGGCAGUGAGGGCAGCGAGAUGAGCUUUAGUGACGAAAGCAGCUCCUCGGGCAGCGACUCUCCCAGCUCCAGCACCGUGGACAUCCGGCGGAGUCGCACCCCUCCACCCAUAGUCACAGACAGGCUGAGUCCCACCACUGCCACUGAUAGCAAGCUAAUACCCAGCACCUCCGACCCCAACCUGUUCAAGCUGCCCCGCAGCCCCAAGGUGCCCCCAAGGCCCCAGGCACAAGAGAUCCUCAAGCGUUGCACCACGGUCACCCGCAAAAAUGCCUCCAGGAACCCAGGGUCCCCUCAGCUGGAGCCCAGUUCGGUUCACAGUCGGUAAACAAAACUUUGGGAUGUUGUUCUUUUCCUAAUCCUAACUCCUGUUGUAAAACUGGCCAGAACAGGUCUGUUGGCUGAUGUGUCAGAGCUGAGGAUCUGGCGCUUUCCUCCAUUUGUUAGCAGCCUAGUCAUGCUGUACAGGUGGUUUCUGGCUUCACAGGUAUGGGAGGAGGCAUGCGUCAGUCCUGAUCCAUGUGGUAGUGGUAGCGCCAUGGACCUAGAGAGAGGGUGUGGUAAUUGGCUCAGCUAAAUUGUUGAGAAAAUUGAGUAAAAAAAAGAAAAGAAAUAAAAGGUUAAUUUUGCAGUCUUUUAUCAAAAAUUGUAUUUAUACUUAUAUAUUAUUUAUCUAUAUUUUCUCUCUUGAUAAUGAUCUAAUGAGCAUUUCUAAUCAGUAUGUUACAGCAUUAGCUCUGAAUGCCCGUUGAUUAAUAUGUAAUAAGUUAGAUAUAAAAUAGCUCUUUUCAGCAUUUGAGAUCAUUUCUUUUAUGCACAUUGUAAGUUAAGAACAAUAUUGUUGCCUUAUAACCUUUGCAUAUUUCCUCUUAUUUUUGUUUUCCUACAUGAUUUUGAUGUAUAUCUCUUUUCCAUACUGGAAAUCCAGUGUUGUGCCUUAUAUGCAUUGUUUACUGUACUCGUCACCUUAGUUUUCUUUCCUCAGAAUAAGUAAUAUAAAUUACUGUGCCUCAGUGUGUCACUGUGUUUAAUGAACUGUAUUUGUAAGUAUAACAAAUUGCAUUAGCUUAUUAUUAAACUAUCAUAUUUUGGAGAAAAUUAUUGGUAUGUUAGAUAGUCAAAUCAUGUUGAAUGCUUAUAUUAAAUGUACAGCAUGUCCGACUUAAUAAAUUCUUUUUCAUAUUUAAGUUGA